UUCCUUCACCCUCCGUUUCCGCAGCAACAGGGAAAAGAUGGCAGCCCUCGCGACCCUCACUCAGCUGUCAAGCGGGAACCCUGUAUAUGAGAACUUUUACAGACAGGUGGACCCGGGGAACACCGGGAGGGUCGGACCUACAGAGGCUGCCUUGUUUUUGAAGAAAUCAGGCCUGCCGGACAUCACACUAGGAAAGAUCUGGGAUUUAGCUGAUCCGGAUGGCAAAGGUUUUUUGGAUAAACAGGGAUUUUACGUUGCUCUGCGACUUGUGGCCUGUGCGCAGAGUGGACAUGACAUCAACCUUUCCUGUCUAAACCUCCCUGUUCCCCCUCCAAAAUUCAAGGACCAAGGUAGUCCGUCACUGAGUUCUGUAACAUCAACCAGUGAGAGCCUCUGGGCGGUGCGGUCUGAAGAGAAGAGCAAAUUUGAUGGUAUUUUUGAAAGUCUUGCCCCAGUGAAUGGAUUACUGUCCGGUGAGAAGGUCAAACCGGUACUAAUAAACUCCAAACUUCCUGUGGAUGUGCUCGGAAAGGUGUGGGAUUUGAGUGACAUAGACAAAGACGGACACUUGGACAAAGAUGAGUUUGCAGUGGCUAUGCAUCUGGUGUACCGCGCCCUGGAAAAGGAGCCUGUCCCCUCAGUCCUGCCCUCCUCUCUCAUCCCUCCAUCCAAAAGGAAGAAGUCCUCAGGGUCCCUGUCCAGCAUGGUGCCAGUGUUACCAGGCAGCCCGCCGCCACCUAAAGACAGCCUGCGCUCGACACCCUCGCACGGCAGCAUGAACUCCCUGAACAGCGCCGGGAGUUUGUCCCCAAAACACACCAUUAAAUCCUCACAGCAUUCAGUAAACUGGGUGGUACCAGUCGCAGACAGAGGGCGCUAUGACGACAUCUUCCUCAAAACAGACACUGAUCUUGACGGCUUUGUAAGCGGCCAAGAAGUUAAAGAUAUCUUCAUGCAUUCCGGCCUUUCUCAGAACCUCCUGGCACAUAUUUGGGCUUUGGCGGACACCAGGCAAAUGGGCAAACUCACACGUGAGCAGUUCUCUUUAGCCAUGCAUCUCAUUCAGCAGAAAGUGAGCAAAGGCAUGGACCCUCCGCAAGCUCUGACUCCAGACAUGAUCCCACCAUCUGAACGCAGCACACCGGGACCUAGUUUGUCGGGUUAUAUGACACCAGUAGGCUCUGACAUGGCACUGACUGAGAUGCGCCGGGACAGCUCCAGCUCUGUGGGUUCAGGCGAGUUCACCGGGAUUAAAGAACUGGACGAUAUAAGUCAAGAGAUCGCUCACCUGCAGAGAGAGAAAUACACUUUGGAACAAGACAUCAGAGAAGCGGAGGAGGCGAUCAGACACAAGACCACAGAGGUUCAGGAGAUGCAGAACGAUCUGGACCGAGAGACCUCAACCCUGCAGGAGCUUGAGGCACAGAAGCAGGAUGCUCAGGACCGGCUGGAGGAAAUGGACCAGCAGAAGGCAAAGCUGGAAGACAUGCUUAAUGACGUGCGGCAGAAGUGCCAGGAAGAGUCGCAAAUGAUCUCAUCCCUGCAGUCCCAGAUCCACUCGCAGGAGUCGGACCUGCAGAGCCAAGAGGAAGAGCUGGGCCGGGCCAAGUCUGACCUGAACCGUCUGCAGCAGGAGGAAGCUCAGCUAGAGCAGAGUCUACAAGCUGGCAGGAUUCAGCUCGAAACCAUCAUAAAGUCCCUCAGAGCCACACAGGACGAGAUCAACCAGGCUCGGAGUAAACUCUCCCAGAUCCAGGACAGCCAACACGAGAUCAGCAAGAGCAUUGAGCAGUACAGCAGCACCCUGAACGGAACCCACGGCGGCAGCAUGACCAACCUGGCCGACAUGAGCGAAGGCUUUCCAGAGAAGGAGAAUGGCGGUUUCGGAGCCAUAGAAGAUCCUUUCAAGGUGAAAACCACUGUGUUCAACAGCGCCCCGCAGGAGAUGCACAUGGACCCCUUCCAGUCUGAAGACCCAUUUAAAACAGACCCGUUCAAAAGCGAUCCAUUCCAGAAUGACCCAUUCUCAAAGCAGGCCUCCACAGUUGCAGAUCCUUUCGGUGUAGACCCUUUCAAAGAGGCCGACCCAUUUAGGAACUCUUCUGAAGAUUUCUUCAAGAAACCCUCGAAGCCAGACCCCUUCAGCAAUGCUGAUCCUUUUAGCAAAAGUGCCACACUUCCCUCAAAGAGUCAUAAUUUCUCAAGUAAUGACCCCUUCAGCUCCACCAGCCCCAAACCAAAGGGCCAAGAUUUCUUUGGUACUUUGGACCCUUUUGGAAGCAGUUCAUUCGGCAGCAACAGCGGAUUUGCAGACUUCAGCCAAAUGUCAAAGGACUUUGUAGACGACCCCUUCAGCCGAAAACAAGACAUGCCAGCUCUCCCACCCAAGAAAAGCAUACCACCGCGACCCAAACCACCUAGCGGUAAAAGCACUCCAGUAAACGUGCCCGGAUCUGCCGAUUCGGCCAAGACAAGUGAUCCUUUCCAGCCCUUCAGUGCCGACCCUGCUGAUCCGUUUCAGAGUAAAAAGGGGGUGGGAGAUCCGUUUAGUGGCAAAGACCCAUUUGCUCCAUCUGCCUCAAGUAAAGCCUCUAAAGACUCUUCAUUGGGUUUUGCAGACUUCAGCUCUGAACUGACCGAAUUAAGUUUGGGAAUGAAGCCCAGCAGAUGGAGUGGGCGAAGAGGGAAAGCGAGAGAGCGGAACGGGAACGGCUAAAGAGACUCCGUCAGCAAGAGCAGGAAGACCUGGAGCUUGCCAUCGCUCUCAGCAAGGCAGAGAUGUCCAAUGCCUAACUGCCUUCCCCUCACAUCCACCCUUCUGUACACUACAGCAACGAUUGUGUGCGUGCGUGAUGGACCAAGAUUAAACACAUGCAAGACCAUUAAACCUCUGUCCUUUUGUGUUGUUGUACAGGAGUGCGGCCUAUGGUUUGUAAAUCAGCUAAUUCACUCGACAUGCACUGCAUUAACCUCUCAGAUGGAGUAUAUAGUUUAUUUAAAGUGUAUUUGUGUGAUUAAAUGUGCAUCAGCAGAGCCAUGGACAUUUGAAGACCUUUAUUGGUGCAGUAAUCUGCGGAUCAUUAUCUCCAGUGGUUUGGAAAAAGGAAUGAGAAACCUCUAAGAAAGUUGUGUUUGGAUCCCAGGUAGGGUCGAACCAGAAACUUGAAUUACCGACGCUAUACUCCCUCCUUUCGAGCCCUUGAGCAAGGCACUUAAUUCCAGGUUUCUUCCUGAAUUAAAUUGCUGUAAGCGUACUGUAAGUCGAUUUGGAUAAAGAGCAUCUGCUAAAUAAUAACUUUUACUGGCUCUGGUUGUAGUCAGUAUGGUACACACUGGAAUUACUGCAGCGCCUGCAGACUAAAUGUCUGUAAGGAUCUUUUGACAUGACGUAAAGCUGAACGAACGACAGUGUGAUUCUGGAAGUAUUGUUUGAUAGAGAUUUGAUUUUUUUUAUUUGAUUUUUUUUUACUACUUUGUAGAGAAGAAGGUUCAGCAAAACUGCACUGAUUUUUUUUUUUCAUAGUAAAUGGCGUAGCAAAGUUGAUACCACUGUAGGACUCAACAGUUAGGAAUUCUUUUAAGUAUUUGCUAGAAAUAUUUUUCAAAACAUUUUCUGUCAUUAUAUUGAUCGUUCUAUCUAUUUAUCAUUUUUUUUAGUCUAUACUGUUAGUUUGUGCUUUUAUCUUUAUAUCAUUCUAUUCUAUCUAUCAUUUGUUCAUUAGUUCUAUCUAUCAUGCAUUAUCUUGUUUAUCUAUUGUUCGAACGUUCAUUCAAUUCUUUCGUUCUAUAGUUUAUUUUUGUUCAUUCUGUUUUUUUAUUGUUUGUAUUUGUUCGUUCUGUCGUUCGUUUUUCUAUCGUUCUAUCAGUCUAUCAUUCCUUUUGUUUGUUUGUUUAUUCAAUCUUUUGAUCAUUCUGUCAAUCAUUCUCUGUUAGAUUGAUGUGGGGCCAAAACGAUUUCACACUGGCCAUCUUUUGAGCCAUCCUCAUUGUUGAGUUCUGCCGUGAUAUAAAAUUUGGUUGCAUAAGCGCCUCCAUGAGGGAAUUAGUAAAUGUUUCAUUUGUUUCGCUAUUUAGAUUUUCAUCGUCUUUAAUUUGUUACUAAUUUUGUGUCUGCAUAAUCUGUGGGCUUGAAAGCACAAUCCUGCAGUUGUGCUAGUUAGUAAAAUGGCUAUCGUUUGAACCCGUAAAUAGAACAGAUAAAAAAAACACUUCUUUUUUUUUUCUUUCGCAAUUUCAUGUUUUUUUAUUUGAAGACAUCUGCAGAUUUAAUGUGUUAAAAUUUUAAACAGUCAGGAUUACCUGUCGGUAGCUGAAAGCACACUUAGUUUAGCCUAAAUUUAUUAAUCCGGCAAAGUAGAACUUUUUGAAUUUAGGUAGAUUCUUUUAAAAAAGGUAGUUUAAUUGCUGUUGUCAUUUAUUGUUUGGUUAGCCCUAUUUUUUAGUCCGUGAGCGUUUUGGCGAUGGUACUUCCUGGCACAUUUCAAACCUGUGUUUUUGUAUGAUUUAAUUAUCAUACUACAUAACAAUACACAAGUUUUUGUUGUUGUUGUUGUUAUGUUCCAUCUGCUGUUUUCUUUUUAACAGUAGAUUCUUUAUCUGGUACUAUUAACGCUUUAACCACGAUCUGUUCAUCCAACCUCGAAUCAUUGGAACAGCUGUUGUGGUCGGUCAUUACAGGUACAUUUUCCUGUGUAAUGAUUGAUGCUCAUGUCCUACAUUGUGGACACAAAUGUUGUGUAAUAUUAAGACGAACAAUUGUGACAUAUCCCAGUACACUGCUAAAUUUCAGCUACGUCAUCUUUCUGUCACUCUUUUUUUUUUUUUUUAGUUCCUCUUUUUUUCUGUACUUCCAAUCAGCUUGUGUUGUUUUGACCGCAAAUAGCUGCUUGACACUCCUUGGUCAUGUUAGUGUCACGUUAAACAGUGUUAUUUUGUCUAAUUUAAAAUAUGUUAAAUGUAUUAGAUGGAGCAUAGCUCACAGUGAAACUCAUGCAGUUGUUUUUGAAGCGAUUUAUGUCAUUCCAGUACUACACUAAUCUUCAGUCAGUUGAGCUUUGUAACAAAACUGAUCGUCUUUAAGGAUUGGAAUCGAAAUCUGUUGUGUCCCAGAUACAGAUAACUUGAUUUCCCGGCCUAUCAAGGGUUUUAUGCCGUAAUGUAGGCUGGGUGUGGGUCUUUGGUCUUGGCUUUUCUGCCUUUUACUGUUACAAAAAAAAUAACAAAACCAUUCAAACUGAAUAAACUUUGCAAACAUUUUGUUAGCACUCCUGUUAUGCUGUAUUUGUCCUCCUUACCUCCAUUGUGCAAUAGUUUGUAUAUUUUAUUCGUUGUAAUACCUGUAAAUUCAUUUCAGAUUUUCGUAUAGUUUUAUUGUCUGCAUUUUGUCUUUUUAUUAAUUAAACUGAUUCUUUUUUUUUAGUCAUCGUCAUCAUUUUGGGUAUAUGUCCCAUUAAACUCCAGCAGAAUGCAUUCCUUUUUGGCCUGCCUUUAACCCUCACCUGUGUAGAUAAGACAGAUAUUAACCCGAUAUAGAAAUGUAUAAGAGUAUACAUAAACCAUGUAAAUUAUGUGUUAUAUUUGUCCUAUGAAAGUGAGUAAAUGCACACGUGUAACUCAAAAUAUUUUAAGAAUUUCAGACUGCAUUGAUAGUGAUUAGUGAUGCUUAGAUUCCUUUGGAAAUGUUCAUGCUCCGUAUGUUGUCCCCUGAUUUCACAGAAUAAACAAUGUUUCAGAUGCA